GGGCACCUCUUGCAUGAUGUCUCACAGUGAGAAUAAAUCCCAAGAAGAACUGCGCAAUAGACUUUAUCAAACAUUUAAAAACAAAGGCGUUUUGGAUUCAUUGAAGACACAGCUACGAAACCAGCUUUUUCAGGAUCUGAAACAUCAUGCAUAUAAUAAAGAGCAGCUCCAUUCAGACUUGCCUAGUGACUCUUUGGUACAUCGUGCAUGCAAUAGCCUGGUAGCAGAUCAUAUGAGAAGAUGUGGUUAUGAGUACUCUCUGUCUGUCUUUUUUCCAGAGAGUGGACUGGAGAAGGAAAAGGCUUUGAAUAUGCAUGACCUAAUGCAGCUGAUGAAAAUCAACCCAAAUUCCAGACUAUACAAAUCUCUGACAUCAUCCCUACAGAGUAGCGAUGUAAAAGGUUUCCUAGUACAAAUAUUGACAGAGCUGAUAGAUCAUCACCUGAGCAAAGAUGGCAGAGAUGCUGAUACUCAGACGGUCACAACAUCACCUUACAAAGAGUCGAUUGUGGAGAAACUUAAAUUCAUUGAUGAACAGUUUGAUGAACUGUAUCCACAACGUCCUAAGUUUGAGUCCCUGGAAGGCAAACUGAAUGAGUAUCGCAGAGAAAUUGAAGAACAGCACCAGGAAGAGAUGACUCAAAAGCUAAAACGUUUCAAAGAUGUUGAAAUUGCAAAAAUCAAACUGGAAGAAAGAGACAAAUGUCAGAAGGAGAUUUCUGAUUUGCGGAGAGAAUUGGAGAAAAUGUACCAUUCCAAGAUGGAGGGAUUAGUGACACGAGAGAAGAAUGCUAUAGAGAGACUUCAAAGACAGCAGGAGAUUGAGUCCACGGAAGUGUAUGCUCAGAGGCAAAGUCUGCUGAAGGAGAUUGAGGUGGUGCGAAGUCGAGAAAUUGAACUUCGACAACGAAUGGAAGCUUUUGAGCUUGGCCAAAGGUUACAGGAAGAGAAGAACAAAACUAUGGAUGAUUUUCUCAGGAAGAGAGAGCUGGAAGUAAAGAACAUUGAAGACACAUUCAACCAGAAGUUAAAAAAUGAGCUAUUACGAUUUGAAAUUGAGCUGAAGGAAGAGUAUAUAAAGAAAUCCCAAAAAGUAAAUGAAGAUGAGAAAAAAAACAGAGAGGAAGCAGCACGUUUACGUGAAGACACAAUUGUCAUCAGCAUGAAGAAGCAAGAACUAGAGCAGGCCAUUUCCCGAACGAAACACCUGGAGAUGGAAGUGGACACCUUGAGAGCUCAGCUGUCAACAGUUACCCGUCAAAACCACCAUGUGACUGACAAGUUGAAGGAAUUUGCUGACUACCCUCUGGUGCAAGAGGAAAAAGUGGAGCUUCAGGCACAGGUCAAGUUACUGAAGCAGCAACUGGAAGAUCUUCAGAAGGAAAGUCACAUACUUAGAGAAAGGUCCUCACACCCAUCAGCAGAAUUUCUAUCUCUUCAAGAAGACCUGAAAAGAAUGGAGGCUACUAGAAAGUUUGACCAAGAUGAAUUUAAAAUACAAAGAGAAAUCCUUGAAAGACAGCUAGAACUAGAGAUGGAACGUGGUCUUGAAAUGAAGAUGCAGCUAUUAAAUCGUGAGGAAUCUUUGAAAAGAUUAAAUGUGCAAGUAGACCAACUAGAUUUUCAACUGCGUCAGACACAGCAAGCUUUUGAAAGUGUGCAUAGCCUUCCCAGGGCAACUCUGGCUGAUCGCUCUGUGCUAGAUUUCCAUGCCAAUAAGCAUACUCAUCCUGAUACUUAUGUUGAUAAGCCAUCCUUGAGAAACCAGCGUUAUCUGGAUUCUGUUGUUAACGCAGGUGGCAUUGCAAAUCAGAAGCAUCGCCACCUUGAAGGGACUCGUAGCAGCUCUCCAGACUCAGACCUGGAAUUUGUGGCCAACACCAGAGCUCGGAUUAAAGAACUUGAAAAGGAGGCAGAACUGGUAGAAGAGGCUUUCCGUAAUUAUCAACACAGAGUCAUUCAUGCUGCUGCCAUCCCUGCUCUGCCAAGCAGAGGACUUUUAAACACCGUGACAAAUACCCCCCAGCACAGAGUUACUUUUUUAGAAGAUAAUCUCACGCCUCAGGACCAUGUUCUCUUGAAUAGGAUAAAGACACAGAAAUAUGAAAGACUAUUGCCAACUGAAGUGAAAAUGGCUGCACCACAGACAAAAAAGUCUUCUCGCAGGCUAUCUUCAACCCCUGUGUCAAGAACUGAAAUAAAUCACAAAGAGAAAGUUUCUGUGGAAGAUAAUGAUGGAUCCUAUAUCACAUCUUCUCACCAUAGUCCAAAUCAUAGACUUUCCCCCAUUCCAAAAAUUGAGCGGCCUCGGACCCUUCACUCUGAUGUUCUGGAUCAUGGAGUGGAAGAUGAACUCGAGUUGACUCCCCGUGACGGCCAGCCACCUUUUGAAAAUGAAGAUACAAGAGACCAUUCAAAGCCUGCAACAUUGCACUCUCGGGACUUGAACUUUUCAGACUCGUCACUACAAGACCAAGAGGACAUACCAGAGCAGCUUGAAAGUGACUUGUCGCAUCCAUCUGAGGACUCUUUCCAUGAUAUUCGUGUCACUGCAGAUGUGCCAGUGGCAGCUACUUCAGUACAUGACUCAUCGAGAAGUGAAGAUAAAACCGAAAAUCUGAGUCAUGGCAAACGUGUAGAGGAAAUUAGACAGAAUGUUCCUCAAGAGGGCAAAGUUGAAGAUGAGAGAAAGAGUCUUGAAAUCCUUGAGAAAUCUGAUUCUCAGCAGGAGAUCUCUGUAGUAGAGUCUAAAACAUCCCAAGAAGAGCAAGAAGAAGUAAAGUCAAGAGUAAUAUCGCCAGAACAAGAAAAUACUGCAGUGAAAAGGGCUGAGGAAAAUCUCAGACUAAGUACUCCCGAAGAAGACAAUCCCCUGAACAAGUACAUGCAGUUACUUCUCCAGAAUCGAGCAGAACAGCCGCAUGACAAGGUCACAAAAGAAUCAGUGGACGAUGUUUCUUUGGUAGAAAAACUUUCUAAUGGAAGUAUCACAGCUCAUUCUAUGGGAGAAGCAGAUGAGGAUUCCUGGUAAACAGUCGUUUCCUCUCGUCAAGAGAAAUCCAAGUCCUUUGAAUUUUCAGACUAAUGGUUUGUGUGACCGACGCAGGCUCUCUGUUUGAUGUGGCAGUGUUGGCAGGAGCUGAUUCUUGUGGCAGAAAAUGUUGCAUGUCUUCCUGCUGAGCCUACUAACUCCUCAUUCCAGCAAUUGCUCAUUAAGAAGACAACAGGAAGGAAAUAUCUUGCUUAUCAAAUUUGAAUUAAGCCACUGUAUAAAAGAAAAGCCCAUCUGGAGAGAAUACAGGGACAGCCAAUGUGAAAUGUCUUUUUGAA